AUGAAUCCCCAUGCCAAAUUAAUCUCCCUCAUCAGCCUCCUCCUAGGUACAACAAUUACCAUCUCGAGCAAUCAUUGAAUCAUAGCCUGGACCGGACUAGAAAUUAACACCCUAGCAAUUAUCCCCCUCAUUUCAAAAUCCCACCACCCACGAGCCGUAGAGGCAUCCGUCAAAUACUUCCUAGUCCAAGCCGCCGCCUCUGCCCUAGUCUUAUUCUCAAGCAUGUCUAAUGCCUGAGCCACAGGCCAAUGAGAUAUUACGCAACUAACUCACCCAACAGCCUCCAUACUAUUAACAGCAGCAAUCGCAAUCAAACUAGGUCUAGUACCCUUCCAUUUUUGAUUCCCCGAAGUCCUUCAAGGUACAUCCUUAACCACUGCCCUCCUACUCUCCACCUUAAUAAAACUCCCACCCAUGGCCAUCUUAUUAAUAACAUCGCCCUCACUAAAUCCCACAGUACUUACCUCCAUAGCCCUUGCUUCAGCCGCACUAGGGGGGUGAAUGGGACUAAACCAAACACAAACCCGCAAAAUCCUGGCCUUUUCAUCAAUUGCCCACCUUGGAUGAAUAACCAUAAUCAUCAUUUAUAACCCCAAGCUCACCCUCCUAACCUUCUACUUAUAUAUCCUGAUAACAGCUACCGUAUUCCUGUCCCUAAACACGACCAAGACCUUGAAAUUAUCCACACUAAUAACCUCCUGGACAAAAGCACCCGUACUAAACGCCGCCCUAAUACUAACCCUCCUAUCACUAGCCGGGUUGCCGCCAUUAACAGGAUUUAUACCCAAAUGACUAAUCCUUCAAGAACUAACUAAACAAGAAAUAACAACAGUAGCCACAAUUAUUGCACUAUUAUCGCUACUAGGACUAUUCUUCUAUCUACGCCUCGCAUACUAUGCAACAAUCACCCUCCCCCCAAACUCUGCUAACCACAUAAAACAAUGAUACAUCAGUAACCCCACGAACACAUCCAUUGCCAUCCUCUCCUCCCUUUCCGCCAUCCUCCUGCCUAUCUCCCCCAUAAUCCUCGCCGCCCUCUAG